CACUACCCUGCCCCGGCCCCCACCCCCAGUUUCCGGUGCCGUCACGGGACCGAGCGGUCGGUGACAGCCCCGAGGGCUCCCGCCUGUUCCCAUGGCUGAGCCGGACCCCUCUGACCCUCUGGAGACCCAGGCAGGGAAGGUGCAGGACAUUCAGGAUUCAGACUCAGACACUGAGGGAGGAGCCACCGGCGGUGAGGCAGAGAUGGAGUUCCUGCGGAAUUUCUUCUCCCAGACCCUGGGCCUGGGCUCCCAGAAGGAACGUCUGCUGGAUGAGCUAAGCUUGGAAGGGGUGACCCGCUACAUGCAGAGUGAACGCUGUCGCAGGGUCAUCUGUUUGGUGGGAGCUGGUAUCUCCACAUCUGCAGGCAUCCCUGACUUCCGCUCUCCAUCUACUGGCCUUUAUGCCAACCUGGAAAAGUACCACCUUCCCUAUCCAGAGGCCAUCUUUGAAAUUAGCUAUUUCAAGAAACAUCCAGAACCCUUCUUUGCCCUUGCCAAGGAGCUCUAUCCUGGACAGUUCAAGCCGACCAUCUGCCACUACUUCAUUCGACUGCUGAAGGAGAAGGGGCUGCUGUUGCGCUGCUACACGCAGAACAUAGACACAUUGGAGCGAGUGGCAGGGCUGGAGCCUGAGGACCUGGUAGAGGCCCAUGGCACCUUCUACACAUCACACUGUGUCAGCCCACUCUGCCGCCGAGAGUACACAUUGAGCUGGAUGAAAGAGAAGAUCUUCUCAGAGGUGACUCCCAAGUGUGAGAAGUGUCAGAGCGUGGUGAAACCUGACAUCGUGUUUUUUGGUGAGAACCUUCCGGCCCGCUUCUUCUCCUGCAUGCAGUCAGACUUCUCGAAGGUGGAUCUCCUUAUCAUCAUGGGCACUUCCCUGCAGGUGCAGCCAUUCGCCUCCCUCAUCAGCAAGGCACCCCUGUCUACCCCACGCCUGCUCAUCAACAAGGAGAAGACUGGCCAGACAGAUCCUUUCCUGGGAAUGAUGAUGGGCCUAGGAGGUGGCAUGGACUUUGAUUCCAAGAAAGCAUACAGGGAUGUGGCUUACCUAGGUGACUGUGACCAGGGCUGCCUGGCCCUUGCUGACCUCCUUGGAUGGAAGAAAGAGUUGGAGGAACUUGUCCGGAGGGAGCAUGCCAGCAUAGAUGCCCAGUCGGGGUCACAGGCCAGCAACCCCACCACUAGCACUUCCCCCAGCAAAUCCCCACCGAAGGAGGCCGCCAAGAGCACAGAUGGAGAGAAGCCCCAGUGACCACUACCUCCCAGACUGAACAUUCAGCUCCUCUGGGACAGCAGAACCCCACCAGCACUGGUCCUAACAUGCAGUUCCCAUGGAGGGCUCAGUACAUGUUUCAAUAUUUUAACCAUUCUCCCAAAACUAGUGUCCCCCCAUUCUAUCCCAGCAAAUCUAUAACAUAGCUCACAGGCUGAAGCCUAAGCAGCCAUCUCUUAACAGUCCAGUCUCUUAACUACCUAAGGAGUAACCUCUCCUAACCUCUAACUGCUCCUAGGGAGCCAGGAGUGUCCCUAAACUUCUAACUGUCCCAGAACACAGCGGAGAGCCUCCAUUUGGUCUACUGAUCCCAGGAGUCCUGUGGCUAAAUAAUCCAAAUUAGCCUAUCCUGAAUGAGGGGGUUAGACCUCCAAAUAUAACUCAUACCCAGAGUGUGAGACCCAUGGAGAGGGGGCCUCUGAGCCUGAAGCCUUCCGUGACUCUGCCUCCAACUCCUAAGUGGGUGCUGUGCCACCUUACCUCAGGACCCACUGCCCGUGGGAGGAUGGGCAGGAGACCUUGAUUAUUGGAGACAAAUUAAAGAAACAAGUCAAACCAA